AUGCGAACUCUUGGAUUUGCUCUCUUAACAACUUUCCCGUGCACGGUACGCCACGCGUGCACGCUACGCCGCGCGGGCGAGUACGACACGGCGGCCGAGCUCUUCCGCUCGGCGCUGGCCGGCCUGGCGCAGCCCGACCGCGACCUGUGCCUGCGGCUGGGGCGCGCUGGCCGCCUCCCCGAGUGCCUGGGGACGCUGCGGCCGGACGAGCUGGGGGAACCGACGGCCAGCCUGGCGCGCGCCCUGGGCCCGCGCGAACUGCGGGAAAGCCCGGGCCGCGCCCCUGGGGAGGCGCCCCGGGACCUGCUGGGCUUCCCGCGCUGCCGGCGGCUGCUGCACAAGCCAGUGACGCUGCCGUGCGGCCUCACCGUGUGCGGGCGCUGCGCCGAGCCGGGCCCGGACCGGCCGCCCGGGCGCCGGGUCAGCGUGGUGCUGAGCGGCCUGCUGGAGAAGUGCUUCCCGGGGCGCAGGCUGGCGGGCCAGGCGCGGAACCUGCAGCGCCAGCGGCAGCCCGAGGCCGCGCUGGCCGGGUGUCACCAAGCCCUGGACCUAGCUCCUGGUGAUAAUUCAUUAUUGCUGCUGCAAGCAGAGUUGUGUUUAUCCAUGAAGAACUGUGAGCAGGCUCUGCAGGAUGCUGGUGAAGUUUGUCAGAAUGAACCUCUCUUGCCUAAGGGGCAUCAUGUGAAAGCCCAGGCUCUCUCUGGCCUGGGAAGAAGUAAGGAGACGUUGAAGGAGUUUCUCUAUUGCCUUGCUCUAAAUCCUGAAUGUAACUCAGUGAAGAAAGAAGCCCAGAAGGUACUGUGUGAGGUGUUUUUCCCAGCUUCAGAAAAUGUGCCUCAGAAUUUAACAUCUUCCACCCAAACAACUGUUGAACACGAGAUUAAAGGCUCAAUGUCAGAGAGUGUGAACAGCCAGGGUCCUGUGGAGGACGGUGGCAGUGCAGGAAGGUCUAAGAAUCCAUCUGAGAAACCUGAUGUGUUUAGAAAUAGCAGUUCCUCAGUUUUACAUUUCAUACUGGGCUUACACUGUGAAGAGGAUCAGGAGGUGUUAGACGACAUCCUUCCAACGGAGCCCAGCACUGGUUUAAAGAGACAGUUUCCAAAUGAUCAGGAUGCGCAUGAUGUGAAUGCCACUGGGAAAUUUCUCAAGAAAGACUCCUUACCCCAAAGAAAUGUGAACUCUAACACAGGAGAAAGUGAAGAGCUCCCCACAGAGGUGGCUGACUUCGGGUGUGCCCUUUGCGUGAGGUUGCUCUUUGAACCUGUGACUAUGCCCUGUGGACACACGUUUUGCCUGAAAUGCCAGGAGCUCUGCCUGGACCACGCCCUACAUUGUCCCGUGUGCAAAGAAAAACUUUCAGAAUUGUUGGCAAGCAGAAAUUUUAAUACAACUGCUCUGGCCGAAGAGUUAAUAUUUCGGUAUUUCUCAGAUGAGCUGUCUGAGAGAAUCUACGAUGAAGAAAUGACAGAGCUGUCACAUCUGACCAGAGAUGUGCCCAUCUUUGCAUGCGCCAUGGCCUUCCCCACCGUAUCCUGCCUGCUCCACGUCUUCGAGCCCCGCUAUCGGCUUAUGAUACGAAGAUGCAUGGAAACGGGCACCAAACGGUUUGGCAUGUGUUUAUCUGCUGAGCACACGGAGAUCUCGGAGUACGGCUGCGUGCAGGAAGUCAAGGACGUCAGGACAUUCCCCGACAGCAGCUCCGUCGUUGACGCCUCGGGGAUCAGCCGCUUCCGGGUUUUGAGCCACCGUCACAGAGACGGCUACAACACAGCGGACAUUGAAUACUUGGAAGAUGAAAGGGUGGAAGGCCCAGAGGACGAGGAGCUCGGCAUGCUGCCCGACCCAGUGUAUCGGCAGCCUGCGUCCCGGCUCGCCUCACUGCAGGCUCCCACGGAAGAGCAGAGUGUAAGCCACUUUGGGUUAAUGCCGCCGGACAGAGAACCUGAGCCUCGGAGUAACCCUAUUGGUCCCGCGUGGUCCUGGUGGAUGCUGGCAGUGUUGCCAUUGGAGCAGAAGGCUCAACUGGCCAUACUGGGCAUGAUCUCGCUGAAGGAGUGCCUGCUUGCCAUUAGGCGAAUAUUAGUCAUCAUCACGCGUGAGAUGAAUAGCUGGCAAGAGCUCAUUAAUAGCAGGGAGAGAAACAGUUGA